UCACUUGUACCUUUACUUUACUCUUCUCUCCUCUCUAGUCUCCUCCAAGCUUUGUUAGGGUUUUGAUUUUUCUUCAACAAUUUUCUAUUGACCCACACCACACGAGAUGCUUUUUUUUCUCUCUCUCUAAAUCCUAGCUUUACUCUUGACUAUGGUCUGGCAAAAACCCUAUUCUGUUUGGGAAUGUUUCAGUUUUAGUUUGGGAGGUUUUUGUUGAGCUAGUUGACAGAGAAAGGGUGGAUAAAGGAGGAAAAUGGAAGGAAAUGAGCAUGAAUUAAUGUUGGCAUGUGUGAUUUCGGGGACCCUUUUCUCUGUGCUAGGUUCUGCCUCUUUUGCUUUACUUUGGGCAGUUAAUUGGAGGCCAUGGCGGAUUUACAGUUGGAUCUUUGCUCGAAAAUGGCCGGGAUUCUUACAAGGGCCCCAGCUGGGAAUUAUAUGCAGUUUUCUCUCUCUGUUUGCCUGGAUAACUGUGAUCUCUCCGGUGGUGGUGCUUGUUACAUGGGGAGGCUGGUUAAUGUUGAUAUUGGGACGAGAUAUAGUUGGUCUAGCUGUAAUAAUGGCUGGAAGUGCUCUUCUUUUGGCAUUCUACUCAAUAAUGCUUUGGUGGAGAACACAGUGGCAAAGUUCAAGGGCUGUAGCUGUUCUCCUCCUACUAGCUGUUGGUUUGCUUUGUGCAUAUGAACUUUGUGCUGUGUAUGUCACAGCAGGUGUUAGGGCAUCUGAAAGAUACUCACCUUCCGGGUUCUUCUUUGGUGUGUCAGCAAUCUCCCUGGCAAUCAAUAUGCUAUUUAUUUGCAGGAUGGUCUUCAAUGGGAAUGGCUUAGAUGUUGACGAGUACGUACGGAGAGCAUAUAAAUUUGCUUAUUCUGAUUGUAUUGAAGUGGGUCCUGUUGCUUGCUUACAAGAGCCACCUGAUCCCAAUGAGUUAUAUCCUCGACAAUCUAGAAGGGCUUUGCAUCUUGGACUUCUCUAUGUUGGUUCACUUGUAGUACUUCUUGUGUAUUCUAUCCUGUAUGGUCUGACAGCAAAGGAAUCAAACUGGCUUGGGGCUACAACAUCAGCUGCCGUGAUAAUCCUUGAUUGGAACUUGGGAGCAUGCUUGUAUGGCUUUAAGCUUCUGAAAAGUCGAGUCGUCGUACUUUUUGUUGCUGGUACAUCUCGGGUGUUCCUGAUCUGUUUUGGAGUUCAUUACUGGUACUUUGGACAUUGUAUUAGUUAUGCAGUUGUAGCAUCUGUGCUGUUGGGCGCGGCUGUUUCACGGCAUUUAUCAGUUACAGACCCAUUAGCAGCUAGACGAGAUGCCUUGCAGAGCACAGUUAUCCGCCUUAGAGAAGGUUUCCGCAGAAAAGACCAAAAUAGCUCUGCAAGCUCUUCUGAGGGUUGUGGCUCAAGUGUUAAGCGCAGUAGUAGUGCUGAUGCUGGUCAUCUUGGUAAUGCAACUGUGCCUUGCACUGGUGAUGGCAGUACCUGGAAUAACAUUGAGGGGAUUAAUAGUGAUAAGAGCAUAGACAGUGGAAGGCCUAGUCUAGCUCUACGUAGUAGUUCCUGUCGUUCAGUAGUUCAAGAGCCUGAAGUAGGAUCAUCUUAUGUUGACAGAAAUUUAGAGCAUAAUAGUUCGUUGGUUGUUUGUUCUAGUAGUGGCCUUGAAAGCCAAGGCGGUGAUUCUAGUACAUCCACUUCCGCAAAUCAACAGAUACUGGACUUGAAUUUGGCACUUGCAUUUCAAGAAAAGUUGAGUGAUCCCAGGAUUACAUCUAUGUUAAAGAGGAAAGGAAGACACACAGAUCGUGAAUUAGCUAAUUUAUUGCAAGAUAAAGGGCUUGAUCCUAAUUUUGCUGUGAUGCUGAAGGAGAAUGGAUUGGACCCAAUGAUUCUAGCCUUGUUGCAGAGAAGUAGUUUGGAUGCUGAUCGAGAACAUCGUGACAAUAACCCUCCUGUCACUGAUUCAAAUGGUGUUGACGAUGUGUUACCUAAUCAAAUUUCAUUCUCGGAAGAACUUAGACUCCAAGGAUUAGGAAGGUGGCUUCAACGUUGUAGAGUAAUGUUGCACCAUAUAGCUGGAACUCCAGAACGAGCAUGGCUUCUUUUCAGUUUAAUUUUCAUUCUUGAAACCGUCAUUGUGGCUAUCUUCCGACCAAAGACAAUAAAACUUCUAAAUGCUACACACCAACAGUUUGAAUUUGGCAUUGCGGUUCUCCUUUUGUCUCCUGUUGUCUGUUCUAUUUUGGCCUUCCUUCGGUCACUACAAGCUGAAGAUUUGUCCAUGACUUCAAAGCCUCGGAAGUAUGGCUUUAUCGCUUGGAUGCUGAGCACUUGUGUUGGUCUGCUGCUUUCAUUCUUAAGCAAAUCAUCAGUUCUUCUGGGAUUAUCAUUGACUGUACCCUUAAUGGUAGCAUGCCUAUCUAUUGCAAUUCCUAUAUGGAUUCGUAAUGGGUACCAGUUUUGGUCUUCAAGAGCUGAGAAUGCAGGCCGUGCAGGAAACCAUCUAACACUGGGGAUGAAAGAGGGUGUUGUUCUUUUCAUUUCCAUCUCCUUAUUUGCUGGGUCCAUUUUAGCUCUUGGAGCAAUAGUGUCUGCAAAGCCUUUGGAUGAUUUAGAUUAUAAGGGAUGGACUGGUAGUCGGAACAGUGUUACAUCCCCUUAUGCAUCAUCUGUUUUCCUUGGCUGGGCAAUGGCUUCUGCAAUUGCUUUGGUAUUUACUGGUGUGCUGCCAAUUAUAUCCUGGUUCGCAACUUACCGGUUUUCUCUCUCAUCUGCUAUUUGUGUUGGCUUAUUUGCAGCUGUUAUUGUGGCCUUCUGUAGCGUAUCCUACUUUGAAGUUGUUGGGUCUAGAACCGACCAGAUUCCAACAAAAGCUGAUUUCCUCGCUUCUUUGCUUCCAUUGAUAUGCAUUCCAGCAGUAUUGUCUCUUGGUGCUGGUUUGUUUAAGUGGAAAGAUGACAAUUGGAAGCUCUCUCGAGGUGCUUAUAUGUUCAUAAUUAUUGGUCUUCUUCUUUUGCUUGGAGCCAUUUCAGCUAUUAUAGUUACAAUUAAACCCUGGGCGAUAGGGGCUGCAUUCCUUCUGGUGCUUCUCCUUCUUGUUCUAGCUAUUGGUGUUAUUCACUAUUGGGCGUCAAAUAACUUUUAUUUGACAAGGACACAAAUGUUACUCGUUUGUUUUCUUGCAUUCCUUUUAGCUCUUGCAGCAUUUCUUGUUGGAUGGUUUCAGGACAAGGCUUUUGUUGGUGCGUCUGUUGGUUACUUCUCAUUUCUUUUUCUCGUAGCUGGAAGGGCAUUAACAGUCCUUCUUUCACCUCCCAUAGUAGUCUACUCCCCAAGGGUGUUGCCUGUUUAUGUUUAUGAUGCUCAUGCAGACUCUGGGAAAAAUGUCAGUGCUGCAUUUCUUGUGCUCUAUGUUAUUGCAUUGGCUAUUGAGGGCUGGGGUGUGGUUGCCAGUUUGAAAAUUUAUCCACCAUUUGCUGGUGCUGCUGUAUCAGCAAUUACACUCGUUGUGGCCUUUGGCUUUGCUGUCUCUCGUCCAUGUUUAACACUCGAGAUGGUGGAAGAUGCUGUUCAUUUUCUUAGCAAAGAAACUAUGGUCCAGGCAAUUGCUCGAUCUGCUACGAAGACCAGAAAUGCUUUAUCCGGAACAUACUCUGCCCCCCAGAGGUCGGCCAGCUCAGCUGCUCUAUUGGUUGGUGAUCCAACAAUGAUGAGGGAUAGGGGAGGCAAUUUUGUGCUUCCACGAGCAGAUGUCAUGAAAUUAAGAGACCGUCUUAGAAAUGAAGAACUGGCUGCUGGCUCAAUUUUCUGCAGGUUAAGAAAUAGGACACUUAGGCAUGAAGCAACUAGUGAUGUAGGUCACCGAAGAGAAAUGUGUGCCCAUGCUCGAAUUCUGGCUUUAGAGGAAGCGAUUGAUACUGAAUGGGUUUACAUGUGGGAUAAGUUUGGCGGUUACUUACUUCUCUUGCUUGGUUUGACUGCUAAAGCUGAGAGGGUACAGGACGAGGUUCGUCUGCGACUUUUCCUUGACAACAUAGGGUUUUCAGAUCUCAGUGCCAAAGACAUAAAGAAAUGGCUCCCAGAAGAUCGUAGGCGAUUUGAAAUCAUACAGGAGAGUUACAUGAGGGAGAAGGAGAUGGAAGAGGAAAUCCUGAUGCAGAGACGUGAAGAGGAAGGAAGGGGUAAAGAAAGGAGGAAAGCUCUCCUUGAGAAGGAGGAACGAAAAUGGAAGGAAAUAGAGGCGUCGCUUAUAUCAUCUAUUCCUAAUGCUGGUAAUAGAGAGGCAGCAGCAAUGGCAGCUGCAGUUCGUGCAGUGGGAGGAGAUUCUGUUCUUGACGACUCUUUUGCAAGGGAAAGAGUUUCAAGCAUUGCACGUCGUAUUCGUGCUGCUCAGCUAUCUCGUCGAGCACUUCAGACUGGACUUGCUGGUGCUGUGUGUAUACUUGAUGAUGAACCCACCACUAGUGGCCGACGGUGCGGUCAGAUUGAUCCUUCUGUGUGUCAAUGUCAAAAAAUUAGUUGCUCCCUUGCUGUUAUGGUCCAGCCUGAAUCUGGACCUGUUUGUUUGUUCGGCACUGAGUUCCAGAAGAAUAUUUGCUGGGAAUUUCUUGUGGCUGGCUCUGAGCAAGGCAUUGAAGCAGGACAAGUUGGGCUUAGAUUAAUUACUAAAACUGACAAGCAAACUACUGUAAAGGAAUGGAGUAUAAGUGCCACCAGUAUAGCAGAUGGAAGGUGGCAUAUCAUAACAUUGACUAUUGAUGCUGAUUUGGGUGAAGCAACUUGCUACCUGGAUGGAUAUUUUGAUGGCUACCAGAUGGGGCUACCACUUAGAGUGGCUAGUUGCAUAUGGGAUCUGGGAACGGAUGUCUGGGUGGGCAUAAGGCCGCCCAUUGAUGUUGAUUCAUUUGGGAGGUCUGAUAGUGAUGGAGCCGAAUCAAAGGUGCACAUAAUGGAUGUAUUUCUUUGGGGAAGAUGCUUGACAGAAGAUGAGAUUGCGGCUCUUCCUGCGGCUAUGGGUUCUGCUGAGUACAGCAUGAUUGAUCUGCCGGAUGAUAAUUGGCAAUGGGCAGAUUCUCCAACUAGGGUUGAUGGUUGGGACAGUGAUCCUGCGGAUGUAGAUCUUUAUGACAGAGAUGAUGUAGAUUGGGAUGGGCAAUAUUCAAGUGGGAGGAAGAGAAGGUCAGAUCGUGAUGGAGUUGUGUUGGAUGUGGAUUCGUUUACUCGAAGGUUGAGGAAGCCUCGAGUAGACUCACAGAAGGAAAUCAAUCAACACAUGCUUUCAGUGGAAAUAGCUGUGAAGGAGGCUCUUUUAGCAAGAGGAGAAUCACAUUUCACUGAUCAAGAGUUUCCUCCCAAUGACCGCUCAUUAUUUAUGGAUCCGGACCAUCCUCCAUCUAAAUUGCAGGUUGUUUCUGAAUGGAUGAGGCCUACUGAUAUAGUGAAAGAGAAGCAUCUGGAUUCUCACCCAUGCUUAUUUUCUGGAGUAGCAAAUUCUUCAGAUGUUUGCCAGGGACGUCUGGGUGAUUGCUGGUUUCUAAGUGCGGUUGCUGUGCUAACUGAGGUUUCACGAAUAUCAGAAGUCAUAAUUACACCAGAAUACAAUCAAGAAGGAAUAUAUACAGUUCGCUUCUGCAUUCAGGGGGAAUGGGUCCCUGUUGUGGUAGAUGAUUGGAUUCCAUGCGAGUCACCUGGUAAACCAGCAUUUGCCACCAGUCGGAAGGGUAAUGAAAUGUGGGUCUCCUUGUUAGAAAAAGCUUAUGCAAAGCUUCAUGGCUCAUAUGAGGCAUUGGAGGGUGGGCUUGUGCAAGAUGCUCUUGUGGACCUCACCGGAGGUGCUGGUGAGGAGAUUGACAUGAGAAGUUCUGAGGCACAGAUUGAUCUUGCAAGUGGAAGACUCUGGUCUCAGCUGCUGCGCUUCAAACAAGAGGGUUUCCUACUGGGCGCUGGUAGUCCUUCUGGUUCAGAUGUGCAUAUCUCCUCCAGUGGUAUUGUCCAAGGUCAUGCCUAUUCAAUAUUACAGGUACGAGAAGUUGAUGGCCACAAGCUUGUUCAGAUCCGGAAUCCAUGGGCUAAUGAAGUUGAAUGGAAUGGCCCUUGGUCUGAUCCAUCACCUGAGUGGACCGACAGGAUGAAACACAAGCUUAAGCAUGUCCCACAGGCAAACGAUGGAAUUUUCUGGAUGUCUUGGCAAGAUUUCCAAAUACAUUUUAGGUCUAUAUAUGUUUGUCGUGUCUACCCACCAGAGAUGCGCUACUCUAUCCAUGGUCAAUGGAGAGGUUACAGUGCUGGAGGCUGCCAGGACUAUGACACAUGGCAUCAGAAUCCCCAAUAUCGACUAAGAGCAAGUGGUCCUGAUGCUUCCUUGCCCAUUCACGUUUUUAUCACCUUAACUCAGGGUGUGAGUUUCUCAAGGACAACAGCUGGUUUCAGGAAUUAUCAAUCAAGCCAUGAUUCAAUGAUGUUCUAUAUUGGGAUGAGGAUACUGAAAACUCGUGGUAGACGUGCUGCAUAUAACAUCUAUUUACAUGAAUCUGUUGGUGGGACAGACUAUGUAAAUUCUCGAGAAAUAUCAUGUGAGAUGGUCCUAGAUCCCGACCCAAAGGGUUACACAAUAGUGCCUACUACAAUACAUCCUGGUGAAGAGGCACCUUUUGUUCUCUCUGUUUUUACUAAAGCUUCGAUAAGUCUUGAAACUUUAUAAUUUUGCAUUGAUGGCCCAGUUUGGGUUUGAUCUCUUGAUCAUUACUUGUGGGUCCCAAGCAUCUCCCCAAAAAGAUUCUGUGUGGACCUCAUAUCUGUCUAAGAGCUGGUUGACUGAUAAAUUUGCAGUUGAAAUGCUCGGCAUACCUAAUUUCCCCCCUCAACCAUUAACAGGUAUAGAAAGAGGAGAAAGGAUGUUCUGUCCUUUGCAAAUGGAUGAAGCAAGCUCUGCUUUGUUCUGGGGACCCAUGCUUGCUAAAUCUCAUUCAUGCAUGGUGGCUGGAAGUCUCUAAGCCAAUAGAAGGAAGAUGGAUGGUCCAUUGAUUCUAGUCUUCACGUGGUCUAGAAGAGGGUUCUCGGGGAUUAGACACUGUACAUGAGUAGAUGUAAGAAAAUAGGAUUUAGUUAUGUAAAUGAGGAUUAACAAAAAGGAAUAGAAGGAAAAUUUUUUUUAGGAAUGUUAGGGAUGCCCUGUUGGAUGGGUUAUAGUUUAGCGUGUUGGAUUCCACCACCACAUGGCUGAAAGAUUAAUUGAAGUUUCAGCAUCAGUUUUGAACUACUUGUAGACGUCAUCUCAUUAAUUGUAAAAAGGGAACAUUUUUAUCAUUAAUAGAAUUAAUUAUCUUCUA